CUAGUUUAACACGGUUUACAAUUGGUGGAUUAUUUAAGUCCUGUGAAAUGUUAACCAAUUAAAAGUGGUUUGCCGUAAUAUUUGCAUACUGGUAAACUUUUCGGCCAUGCUGCCAUGACGUACUGCAACGCUAGAAAAAUAAAAUAACAAAACAGGACACGUUUAACAACAGAUUGUGACCAGGCAUGACCUCAUCACUUGUUCGGAAAGGCCUUGAAUUAUUCAGUGAUGAUUUACACGCCAAUGAAUCCAAUCCUAAAGACACUAUUUCGAAAGUGAAACAGAAAGAAAAAAAUAAAAAUGCAACAAAGAGGAAAAACCAGAAACAAAAACAGAAGAAAUUCAAAUCAGCCAUUGAAACUUACGUUCAAAAACAGCCAGAGGAUCAGACAGACAAUAAUUUAGCAUACUUCUUAUCAACUAGUCAGUACCAUGCACCGAACUAUGAUAAGAUAAUGAAACACUUGAAGGGAAGAAUGGCUAAAAAUCAGGAUGAGGAAGAAAAAGAUAAGGAGGCAUUCACUGGCUUCACAGACGAAGACUUCACAAAGUUUGAGAAGGAAUAUUUGGGAUGAUCUGGCCAGUGGUUGCCAGAAUCUACAAUUAUAUUCACCCAAUCCACUGCAUACAUAUGGAUUGUCAACAAUCUGUUACUUCUGAAGGACACUCAGCCGAGGCACAUACCAGAGCUUUGAUGCAUUGAUGGCUCCGACAGGGAGUAUGGAGAAAGGGGUAAAUGAGAGCCUUGGUGAGCGUCCCAGAAUAAAAUCCCUGGUAGGGUUUGCUGGGGGAGUUUUUAUGCCUUAAAUUGUGUUUUUAGACCAUGGUAUUGGGGACUAGCAAACAAAAUAACAUCAUUUGUAUAGGCAAAUUAUUUUUGGGCCAAAGACCCCGUUCUGGCGUCGGACUACGGGGUGGGGGGAGGGGAGAUGUUCUUUCUCUGGUGUACCACUGUGCUGAUGUUCUAUUGUACAUGUGAUAAGAAAAUGCCAACUGAGCAUCAGAUGGCAUAGAAAAACUGGUUGUUGGUUGGUGGCUGAUUAAUAUGUAAAUAUCCAUUCUUAACAAUGUUGAAAAGAAGAAAUGAAAAGUAGAGUUGACUGUAAAUAAAAUGCAUAUUGGCACAGUGGCCUACAACAUCAGCACACGUCAGUGGCAGAAAAAUCAGAACCUUGUAUGGUCUUUUGGUGGUCCACACUUAAUUUCUUUAUUAAUGGUAAUGGUAAAGCUUGGGGGAUUUGUAUGGUCCAUAAUACAUGGUCUCCCUGCACUGAUGUUACACAAAAGGAAAGCAAAAA